AUGACUUCACUCCCUCGUGUACCGAUCCCCCCCAAUGGGGUUGAUUAUCGCGGAAAGAUCGUCCUCGCACCCAUGGUACGAUCGGGCGAACUUCCCUCUCGACUGAUCGCAUUGAAAUAUGGCGCAGAUCUCGUCUGGGGUCCCGAAACCAUCGACAGAGCUAUCAUGGGCGCUGAGCGCCGCGUCAAUCCACGGAAUGGUACCAUCGAAUUCACACGUAUACCGUCCAACAGCAGCAAAGGCGUUGAUCCCAAGGAAUCGGUUAUCUUUCGCAUUGAUCCGGAAAACGAGAAGGGGAAAUUGAUUUUCCAGAUUGGUACGGCGUCGCCUGAAUAUGCUGUGCAGGCUGCGAAGGUUGUUGCUGGUGAUGUUGCGGGUAUAGAUGUUAAUUCGGGGUGUCCGAAACCAUUCAGUACGAGCGGGGGCAUGGGCGCUGCCUUGCUACGAACACCCGAUAAACUCGUCUCUAUCCUUGAGGCGCUUGUACGCGAAGUCGGAAAUCCCUAUCAGAUCGGUAUAUCGGUAAAGAUUCGACUUCUCUCGGAUCCAGAAGAGACAAAGACUCUUGUCACUCGAUUGGUUGGCACUGGUAUCACGGGGUUGACAAUCCAUUGUCGCACAACCCCUAUGCGUCCUAGAGAGCGGGCUAUUCGCGAACAGCUCAGCAUGAUUGCGACUGUUUGUCGGGAGGCAGGUGUUGCGUGCGUCAUGAACGGGGAUGUCACAUCGCGCGACCAGGCUUUGAAGUUAAUGAAGGAAUACAAUGUGGAUGGCGCUAUGAUUGCAACAUCUGCGGAAGCCAAUUCAUCAUGCUUCAGGUCCGAGGCCGAAGGUGGUCUUCUCCCCUGGCGGGACGUUGUUCGAGAGUACAUCAAGGAAGCCAUCCGCGUCGAAAAUCGCUUCGGAAACACCAAGUACUUACUCAAUAUGAUGAUCAAGACGAAAGAUAAGGCAUAUGCCCGGGCCCAAAAAUCCAAAAACUACGCGGAUAUUUGCCAUUUCCUUGAAUUUGACGAGCUCAUGCCCGGAGCGAUUGAAGCCGAUAAGAUCCUCGGCCUCGAAUCGAAGGGCGUCAGCAAAGCUAUAGAGGAAGAGGCCAAACCUUCCGCUGUUCAGAAUGCAAUUGAGAACAACCAGUCUGCCAAAGCUGCUGGCACUUCGGGACAUAGCAAAAAGCCCACCAACGUUCCUAGCGGACCAGGUCCCAUUAGAACAAAUUCGGCUCGAGCGAGUGUCCCUAAGGCGUCUAUUGAGACUGAAGUUGAUCUUUCUGCACCACCACCAUCGACUGCGCAGCAAAGUGCCGGGGUAGCUGUCUGA